CUUAUAAAUAGUAAAUCAAAAUCUCUUUAAAAUCCCCAACUCCAUCUUCUUUCUCCCACUAUUCAUAAUCUACACUUCCUCCUCUUUACCAAACCCACCAAAAUCCCAAAACAAAAACCGGAAAAACAAAGCCUGUUCAAUCUUUUCCAUUUCAUAACCUCAUUUCACAUUUUGUUUUUUGUUUUUCUUUUCUGUCCUUUUACUAACAAAAUGUCUAUAUCUAGAGGUGGACUUGUCUUGGUGUGCUUUGGCACACUUUUUGUUAGUUUGUUGUUGAUCAAAGUAGCCGAAGCCGAGCACUCAGAGUAUGUGGACCUCCACACCGUUCACCGCGAAGGCAGCGAAGGGUGCAAAGGUGGUUCUGGCGGUCCAAACAAAGGGAACCAAUGUGAGGAAGAUGAAGAUGUAAUGGAUGUGGAUGAAGACUUUGAUGACACUUACAAAGUUGUGAACAAAGUUAAGGUUUCACUAUCCGGGAUAGGGAAAAUGGCAGCCGAGGCGAGCAUGAUUGGGGAUGAUCAUGGUGAUGAUGAUGAAGAUUCUGAUCUGGAGCAUAAUGACCGUGUGAUUAUAUUGGGACACUGAUGAGAGGAGUACCUGUAGUAGAUUUUUAUAACUACGUACUACUUUUUGUGUGUGUGUGUGUGUGUGUGUUUCUGGCCAUUGAUGAUGGAGCAUCUUAGCUGCUUGAAUUGAUCAUUCAUUUUUUUAUUUUUUAUUUUUUUUUUAAUGUUUCUGUCUUUGUUAGUGUUCUUAAAUUAAGAAUUCAGUUCAUUUUGUUCUCUCAUAAAUCAAUAUCAUCAAAUUUCUUUA